AUGUCGGGGGAGCCACCUUAUCCAGAUCCUGCCAACCCGGCCCUGCCGCCGGGUGUGGAAAUGUAUGAGGUAACGCUACGCGACCGACAAACAGUCGCCACCAUCGUGCCUUUUGCCUCCUAUGAGCAGGUACCUCAGUCCCUAUUGGCCUACCUCAGCGAUCAGCUCAACAAGGAAAUCGAGGGCGGUGACACCUAUCCAAUGAUGGAGACGAUGUCAGCAGAAAAGUUUGCCCACUAUUGGUUUCAAAACUUUGGCGCUAUUAUGCUUCUUGGAAGCAUUGAGGACAUUGCCAAGGCCGAUGCUGAAAAGAAAGACUGGGUGAAAGCCUGCCUGGGAAGCUUCUACAUCAAACCUAAUUAUCCGGGAAGGAGUAGUCACGUCUGCAAUGCUGGAUUUCUGGUCACGGACCUUGCGCGGAACCGAGGCGUAGGAAGGCUUAUGGGCGAGGCGUAUCUUGACUGGGCUCCAAAGAUGGGGUACACAUACUCGGUGUUCAACCUUGUGUACGAGACAAACGUGGCGUCAUGCCGAAUUUGGGAUGCGCUUGGGUUCAAGCGCAUCGGCAGGGUCAAGGGCUGCGGAAACCUGAAAUCUUAUCCUGGCCGAUAUAUCGAUGCCCUCAUCUAUGGACGGGACUUGGUUGGACCGGACGCCGAGGAGCUUCAGUCGGAAGACCGUUUUGACAAGAUCAAGUUCUACCUCAAGUACGGCAAAUACCCCCGGAGCUGA